GUCGCAGUAUCGAGCGCCAGUACGUCAGUGUCGAGUGUUCACUUCAGUGUCAGGCAGUUGUCAGUGGACGACGGCGGCGGGUAAACGCGUGUGAACCGUGUGAAUAUUUCGCGGAGCUUUUAAAAUGGCUCUGCUACGUCGACUGGCUGUGAACGCGCCCCGAGGCGUCCGAGUUUUGUCCACGCCGCCACCGUCUCGUGACGAACUAGAUCUAACCUUCAACAGUCCGAGAGAUGCUUUCAAGAGCAAGAAAACUAGCGAAUUGGUCCGGGCGUACCUCGUAUAUCAAAUAUGUUCGAUCAACUGGGUUGUCGAGAACAAUGCUAUGCUGAUGAAACGCCUCCGCCAGCUGGUCGGUCAGAGGCUGUUCGAAGCCAUCAUGAAGGCCACCUUCUACGGCCAGUUCGUCGCCGGCGAGGACCAGAUCAAGAUACAACCGACGCUUGACAGGCUGCGGUCGUUCGGUGUAAAGCCGAUCCUCGAUUACUCCGUGGAGGAAGAUCUCUCCCAGGAGGAGGCUGAGAAGCGCGAAGUGAGCGCUUCGAUAUCGACGUGCGGCGACACGCAGGAGGAGGGUCAACUGAAGCAGUACCACGUGGAGCAGAGAUUCGCUGAUCGCCGGUACAAGGUCACCAGUGCUAGAACGUACUUCUACCUGAACGAGGCCUCAUGCGAGAAGAACAUGGAAGCGUUUAUGAACAGCAUCGACACCGUCGCCAAAAUAACCAAGAGCACUGGACUUAUGGCCGUGAAACUAACAGCCCUUGGCAGACCACAGUUACUUCUCCAACUGUCCGAGGUGAUAAUGCGCGCCCGUAGCUAUAUGCAGCAGAUAGCUGGCGGUACUGGGAACGUACUCGCCCAUCAUAAGACCAUCGAAGACCUGCAGAGAUACUUAGGGGAUUACAGCGCUCGGCCCGAAGUACAGGACUUUAUGAACAAAGUCACCUCCGACACGGAAGGUAUCGUCCAUCUUUUCCCGUGGUCGAACAUUCUGGAUAAGGAUAUGGGUUUGUCAGAUUCAUUCCGCGUCCCUGAUCCGAAGACCGGUCAGAUGCGCCGCCUCAUCUCCCAGAUAUCGCCCAAGGAGGAGGAAAUGUUCAGGAACAUGCUGCGGCGUCUCAACAAUAUAAUACAGGUGGCCAACGAGCAUGACGUCAGGAUUAUGAUAGACGCCGAACAGACAUACUUCCAGCCGGCCAUCUCGAGGAUCUGUCUCGAAAUGAUGAGGAGGUACAACAAGAACAAAUUCCUCGUAUUCAAUACAUACCAGACCUAUCUGAAGAACACGUACAACGAGAUAGUGACUGAUCUCGAACAGGCUCAGCGUCAGAACUUCUACUGGGGUGCCAAGCUGGUCCGGGGGGCCUACAUAGAGCAGGAGCGUGCCCGUUCAGCCGCUAUGGGCUACGAGGAUCCCACGUGUGAGAGCGUCGACGCUACGACAGCAUCAUUCCACCGCUGUCUCAAGGAAAUACUCAGCCGGGUUAAGAACGAGCAAAACGAUCGUCUCGGUAUAAUGGUGGCUUCUCACAAUGAGGACACCGUCCGUUAUGCCAUCCAGUUAAUGAAGGAACACGGCAUCGGGCCGGGGGAUAAGGUGGUGUGCUUCGGGCAACUGCUGGGGAUGUGUGAUCACAUCACAUUCCCAUUGGGUCAAGCUGGUUAUUCGGCUUAUAAGUAUGUUCCUUACGGUCCUGUGCUGGAAGUGCUGCCAUACUUGUCCCGUCGAGCAAAUGAGAACAGAGGCUUCCUCCAGAAGAUAAAGAAGGAGAAGGGUCUGCUUCUCAAAGAGAUAUUCCGUAGAAUGUUCAGCGGACAGCUGUUCUACAAACCGUCUGGGAACUAUACACCGGUUUAAGGUUCAGUCCCGAUGCUAUUUAAAUAUUUUUUUGUCUUUGUUAUUAAGCUACCGUUUCCUGUUUGAAAAAUGUGAAAUAAUAUAUAAUGAUGUUGAUUUUGAAGUUGAAACGGUGGUUUAAGUUCUGUAUAUAUUUGUAUCUGGAUGAUAGUUUGGGCGAAGCUUGUAGACAUUGAUAUAAUAACGUCCUCACAGUAUUGAUUUAUGAUAUUCGCGAUGUAUUUAUUACACUAGUCGUAAUGUAUGUGUUUUUUUUUUUUUUUUAUUAAACGUUCAUUUUGUAUGAAUUAUUUAAAUGCGACCGUUCUUAAUAUUUUUUUUUUAUACAUUACAUAUAUAUUGGACAUUAUUUUUUCAGUAUAUAUUAUAUUAUUAUCUGUGUCUUUGAGUAACAUCUUUAUAAAUGUUUUGUCGUGUCCAUCGGUUUAACUCUGUAUUAUACAACAUAUUUGCAUGUUUUUAAAUGAAGAAUAAUUUUGAAAAAUAAAUUAUCAAUAAUAUGACCUUGCAUACAAGGAGGCAAACAUCUCAGGAAUGUUAUCUCAGUAGAGAGCCUAAAGUAAUAUGGAAUGUCAAACUAUGGUUAGUUGUUGAAAUUAACCUUAAGUGUUGUCCGUCGAAUAAAUAAAUAAAAAAAGAAAAUGUGCAAUAUUUAAUAUGAUAUAGUGCAAUUAAUAUGUAUAAAACAGAAUAAUAAUAAUAUUGUUCUUAUGAUAUGUUUACACAUAGUUAAUAAUGUUUCAUGUUGUUCCUGUGCUUUGUCAAAUCGUCUGUUGGUGUUUGAUCUUACGUCUUAUAUAAAUGGGUCUUGUAGGUAAAUUUACAAUCAGACAAAACAAUAUAUAUUAAACAAAUACAGCUCAGUUAGUGAUUCAUUUGAUGUUGAAAAUUUUUCAUUUAUGCUCAAUAGUUAGUUUGAAUGAAAAAAAAAUUUAUCGAGUGUUUUGAUUAAGUUCCUACUUAAAUAAUAUAGCAAAGUAACAAGUGACUGUCAUUUUACCUUGUAUGCUUGGUAGAUAAGCUUAGCCUUAUGCUGCGAUUCCGUUUGAGCUGUGCGAGGUAUAAUUUAAUAGGUUUAUAUAAAAGAGAAAUUAAAUUAUUCCUAUUGCGUUUCAAAUAAGCCUCGCUAGAUCACGUAGUCGGAAGGGCGGUCUUAAUGUUUUUUUGCAAACUAUUUUAUUUUUUCUCUUUGUGUUAUUUUUUAAGCGAAUUACUUCAUCUGCGCUAAUAAUAAUUGUGAUGCUAAUUUAGAUAAUUUUACGAAUAGACAUUUUAAUAAAGACAACGUUUUCAAUUUU